CUUCAGUCUUCUUCCGUGCUUUGCUGAUAGCGCGUGAACAGCUAUUUCUCUGUCAGUCAAGUUAUACGAAAAUCAAGAAAGCUAUUUCUCUAUACUUCUUUAAAUCUAGAAAUAUUCAUAUAGUCAUAAACAUGAAGUAUAUUUGUUGCACAUGUUUUUAUUCCAUAAUACACGAUAUGCUUCUACAAUUGUGUCACGUUUAUUCUAAUCUGCAAAGCAUAUUGCUGCCCCACGAGACGAAACCGUGCCUAACCGAAAAAAUUGUAGAAAAGCUUUACUCGUCGGACCGAGUAAAGAAUUUAGAAGAUUUUCUAAACGAAGGCAAAGAGUACUUAAACCUGGCGAAUAGUUUGGAUGAGUGCAAUCAAAGGAAUCCGACGAUAUUUGCGAUUAUGUUAAAAGCUUUGGACAUUUAUUCAAGGUUAAAAGUCCAGUUUCAAAGUGUGAAUUAUGAUCAAACGAUUACUGGCAUCAGCAUCUUUGAGCAUUGCGAUAGGAUAAACAGCGACGAAGAAUAUUAUGAUUAUUUGUACGAUAGUGACACCGAUUAUAGUAUCAAUAGCGAUAUGAGCGACAAUGAUGAUCCUUUCGUUUGGUUCUCUGAUUAUGAUGGUCACAUUAACCAGGUGGAUUUCAUCGGCCAGAGUUUUCAUUACAAAAUUAUGCUGAUGAAAAUAGAGUUGCUGAUUACGCGAAUUCAAAACGUAUACAUCGCAUUCAUCAGGAAUCGCUUGUUAUUUGCCUUAAUACUGAUGAAUUAUUUCAAGAGAUUGGAUCUGUUUCUAUCUAACAACGCGGAAAUUUUAAAUUUGCAUAAACUAACAAGAAGUCAGCUACAGGAUAUCCGCUACAAAUACAAUCUCUUGAAGCAAUUGACAGAGCGCAUUGCUGAGACUCUGGCUGUAUUCUGAUAUUCACGGCAGUGUUGCGAUAUGGGACCGGUUGUAUGCGCAUGUGCGGCUCUGCGCAUGUGCGGUGAUGGAAAUCCAGUGCCGUUAUAUGUUGUGUGUU